AAUUAUUAUAUGACGCUACACAUAACUUACAUUGGAAUAUAUAAAGUGUGUUCAAUAGCUUACUUAGUGCAGAAUUUUUGCACAUGCUUAAUAAGUCGCAUACUUAACAAUGUUAAUGAUCGGGAGACUGCAUGCACUUAGUUUUGUCAUCCUUAUGUUUAAUAUUGCCAAUGAAAGUUCAUCUCAAUUUUGGAGACAAUUUAAUGGAUAUCCGUAUCCACAACGUCAAGGCCAGAAUUUUAAUCCAAAUUAUGAGUCAAAUCAUCGUGGGUUUCAACAGCAGAAUGGAUUUGAAAGUAAUUUUCAGUUACCUCCUGGUGUUUCGAUGUCGCAAGCAGAAUGGGUUUGCAAAAAUCCGAAGACUGGUGAUAUGAUGAUUGUUGCUUCGGAAGAAAGUUCAACACCGAACAUCGGAAAUAAUGCUCAAAAUCAGUGGUACUUGACUAAUUUUUCUACAGUACAGCCUUCAACAAGUAGUCAAGUAUCUUUGAACCCUCAAAAUAAGACGAAUUUUCUGCAGACUGAAGAAUCCAUUCCUAAUCCAGAUGAAUCAUACGAUACCAACGGCGAAGGAAUUAUCGAUAUCAGAUUGGGUGAUAAGAAAGCAUUAAAUAAUGAAACUAAACAAAAUUAGUAACAUUAAAAGUUACAUAU